GGAGGGCGCCGGGCCUAGAGGGCUGGCUGGGUGGCCUCCGUCCCCCACCUGGGCACCAGCUCCCCGCGCCAUGAGCCGGGAGCCCCUUCGGGGUGUGUCCCCAGACGCCACGGCUUCCCUCGGAGGGGCUGCCUCCUGCUCCAGGGCAGUGGCAGGAAGGGGGCCUGGCCUGCUCUCCCACGUCGGGAACCCCCUCCCCGCCGCCCCCAGCUCACCGGGAGUGGGCACUCUGGGGGCUGAGGCUGCAGAACAGACCCGGAGAGCCACGCGCUUUGGGCAGCGUCUGCCGUGCUGGACCCCAGUACCUCCUGGAAAUGAGAAAUGGCUUCAGACAUCCCUGGAUCGGUGACGUUGCCCGUGGCCCCCAUGGCGGCUACCGGACAGGUGAGGAUGGCCGGGGCCAUGCCCGCCCGUGGAGGAAAGCGGCGUUCUGGGAUGGACUUUGAUGACGAAGAUGGGGAAGGGCCCAGCAAAUUUUCAAGAGAGAACCACAGCGAGAUCGAGCGGCGGCGGCGCAACAAGAUGACGCAGUACAUCACGGAGCUGUCGGACAUGGUGCCCACGUGCAGCGCGCUGGCCCGCAAGCCCGACAAGCUCACCAUCCUCCGCAUGGCCGUGUCGCACAUGAAGUCCAUGCGGGGCACGGGGAACAAGUCCACCGACGGCGCCUACAAGCCCUCGUUCCUGACAGAGCAGGAACUGAAGCACCUCAUCCUCGAGGCAGCCGAUGGAUUUCUGUUUGUAGUGGCGGCAGAGACAGGACGAGUGAUUUACGUGUCUGACUCGGUCACCCCCGUUCUGAACCAGCCCCAGUCCGAGUGGUUUGGGAGCACCCUGUACGAACAGGUGCAUCCCGACGAUGUGGAGAAGCUGAGAGAGCAGCUGUGCACCUCAGAAAACUCGAUGACAGGCCGGAUCCUGGACCUGAAGACAGGGACGGUCAAGAAAGAGGGACAGCAGUCUUCCAUGAGGAUGUGCAUGGGCUCGCGGAGGUCCUUCAUCUGCAGGAUGAGGUGUGGAAACGCUCCUUUGGAUCACCUCCCUCUAAACAGAAUAACCACCAUGAGGAAAAGGUUCAGGAACGGCCUUGGUCCUGUGAAAGAAGGGGAGGCCCAGUACGCUGUGGUCCACUGCACGGGGUACAUCAAGGCCUGGCCCCCGGCAGGAAUGACCAUCCCCGAGGAGGACGCCGAGGUGGGACAGGGCAGCAAGUACUGCCUGGUGGCCAUCGGAAGACUCCAGGUGACCAGCUCUCCUGUGUGCAUGGACAUGAGCGGGGUGUCGGUGCCCACGGAGUUCUUAUCUCGGCAUAACUCUGAUGGGAUCAUCACGUUCGUGGACCCGAGGUGCAUCAGCGUGAUUGGCUACCAGCCCCAGGAUCUUCUGGGAAAGGACAUUUUGGAAUUCUGCCACUCUGAGGAUCAGAGCCACCUGCGUGAGAGCUUCCAGCAGGUGGUGAAGCUGAAGGGCCAGGUGCUGUCGGUCAUGUACCGGCUCCGCACCAAGAACCGGGAGUGGAUGCUGAUCCGCACGAGCAGCUUCACGUUCCAGAACCCCUAUUCGGACGAGAUUGAGUACGUCAUCUGCACCAACACCAAUGUCAAGCAGCUCCAGCAGCAGCAGGCGGAGCUGGAAGUACACCAGCGGGAUGGCUUGUCGUCCUACGACUUAUCACAGGUUCCCGUCCCCAACCUGCCAGCCGGCGUUCACGAGGCCGGGAAGUCCGUGGAAAAGGCAGAUGCCAUCUUCUCCCAGGAGAGGGACCCCCGGUUCGCCGAAAUGUUUGCGGGGAUCAGUGCAUCGGAGAAGAAGAUGCUGAGCUCGGCAUCUGCGGCAGGAACACAGCAGAUCUACUCCCAGGGAAGCCCGUUCCCCCCCGGACACUCUGGGAAGGCCUUCAGCUCUUCAGUGGUCCACGUGCCUGGCGUGAAUGAGAUCCAGUCCUCCUCGUCUACAGGCCAGAACAUGUCCCAGAUCUCCCGGCAGCUGGGCCAGAGUCAGGUGGCGUGGACGGGGAGCCGGCCGCCCUUUCCCGGACAGCAAAUCACCCCCCAGUCCGGCAAGACCCAGUCAUCUCCCUUUGGGAUCGGAACGAGCCACACCUACCCAGCAGACCCCUCUUCCUACAGCCCCCUCUCCAGCCCAGCUACCUCCUCGCCCAGCGGGAAUGCCUACUCCAGUCUCGCCAACAGGACACCAGGGUUCGCUGAAAGUGGACAGAGUAGCGGGCAGUUCCAGGGGCGGCCGUCGGAAGUCUGGUCGCAGUGGCAGAGCCAGCACCACGGUCAGCAGAGCGGCGAGCAGCAUCCCCACCAGCAGCCCGGUCAGACCGAAGUGUUCCAGGACAUGCUGCCCAUGCCUGGAGAUCCGACCCAGGGGACCGGCAAUUAUAACAUCGAAGACUUUGCGGACCUGGGCAUGUUCCCGCCGUUUUCUGAGUAGCGGCAGGCAAGAGUGCGGCCGGCGCUGGGCAGUGCCCUGUGUGCGGUGACGGCGCCACCCAUGCGGGCGGGGGCCCCCCACGCCCUGCCUGCCCUGCCCGCCCCGGGACCCCCCAGCAGAAGGCAUCCCAUCCCUGUGCUCCCCCUGGCACAAAAGCGCUCAGCUCACGGCCGGGGCUGCCCGGCCACCCACCAGGAGCCCUGGUGGGCAUUGGGGGCCGUUGUAUUUAUUGUACUUUAUCUGUGUAUGUUUGGGAGGUGAGCCCGUUGGGGCUUGAGGUCUGGUUGUGAAUAAUCUCAUAGCAGACAAUGUUCACCUAUAAAACGUCCAGUCACAGUCCCGAGGGCCCAGGCCUGCCCAGGACACGGGAAUCGGGUUUCUUCUUGCCUUUGACAUCUGUGGAUGGGUGGGGCUCGGCUGUCGGAAGGGAGGCGACCAGGAUGCACGGCCUUUGUUCUUGGAGCUGGGACCCAGAGGUGGACCCCGCUCCCCUGUCCCCAGUUCAGCCAAGUCUAUGUGCGUCCGUCCGUCCAUCCAUCGUGCUGUGGGAUGUGUGUACUCUGUGCCCUGUGAUGUGAAUCCCCGCCCUGAUGCGUGUGCUGUGCCCCAUGUGGGUCGUGUGGCCAGAGUGUCCAGAACCCAGGGUGCGUCGUGGCUGAGGGCCCACACAUGUAGCCCCCACCCCCAGCUCAGCAGCGGCCCAGCUGGAGCGAGCUUGGCCCAGGGUCUGGGCACCGGGCUUGCGGGCUGGGCGGACAGGCUGGCACUUCACAGCAUCGCCAGGGGUCGUGGCUGGGAACCUGCUUGCUUUAAUGGGUCAGCUCCCGGGUCCAGGCGUCCCUCUGAGAGGAAGCAGCCCCCUCCUCUUCCGGGAGGCCCCCGAGCGAGCCUGGCCUUUCCUGGUGACGCACAGGUGUCUCCCACCGACUCCCAGCCAGCGCCUGCUGGAGGCACACCUUGGGGUCACAGAGCCCAAGGCCCUUCGGCAGAGGACCGAAUGGGAAGGCAGGAUGUCCAGGCCUCCCCAUCCCGCUUCCCCAGGGCCAGCCGUGGCGGCCACAUUACACUCAGUGACUCUGGAGACGGUUGAGACACGGACCCGUGCGUGGAGACGACCUCAGAAGCGCCUUCCGCCAAGCUGCCUGAGCCCUCCUUCGGCAGCUGCUGGGAACGUGGCGCCACGUCGGGGGCGGAGUGCAGGUCCGUGAGGCCAAAGGCCGGACUUCCCAUUCUGUCUGGUACACUCACCCCCUGGGGCCUUGAAUUCCUCAGGUGGUCUCAAGAUGGGAGGAAGAGCUGACUUCUAGAAGCUUCUGCCUGGCUGAGCCCAUGGCCCCUGGCUUCCUGCAUGUCCCUGUAUUCACUGACCUCACGCCCCCCGUGCCCCGUGCACUGAGGCAGGCUCUCAGCCUCUGUCUCUGUCCUUUCCCGACAGCCCCGUUUGGCCUCACCAUCCAUGGGCUCGCCGACUCCCACGUGGGAGGGAAGCUACACAUGCGGCCGGGCAGGUGGAGGAGCCCUCCCUAGGGAAGCCCAGCGGCCCUCAGGCAGAGCCCGUCAGGCACCUGCUCGGAGACAACCUGUGUCCCCCUAAGGACCAGGCAGAGCUCAGAGGGUUCUGAGCUGCCUGAGUGCAGGAUGAUCCAAGCCUGCAGGAAGGAGCCAGGGAAGGGGGGUGCGUGGACCUCUGCCCACUCUGCAUGAAGUGCCGGCCCCAUGUGGGGUCCAGAGGGGACCCCUGUGCCCUGUCUUGCUCGGAGAGCUCCACCUACGACAUCCAGCGUUGUUUGGUAGCAUCUGUGGCCAGUAGCCAGCUCUGUGAGCUCCCAGUUCCUAGACUCGAAUUCACACGGACGGAACAGUUCUAGAGUGGCUUUCAAUCCCUUCCACAGUGCGGUGAUGGAGUCCCGGGUUCAGGCGUGCUCCAGGUCAUCUUACGCUCAGGAGCCUUUUUGCCUCAUGGGACUUGGUGGGGGAGCAAACCCCAUGCACCCCAACAGUGCCAGAGCCAGAGGGGCUCCCCCGUGCGGGCCCUGCCCUUGGGGUCACUUCCACCUCCACAGCCUGAGCCUACCCCAAGCAGGGGGCACGAUCAUUUCCAAGAAAGGCACAGAAAUCGCUUUCAGAUCAAAGAAUGGUUUCUCCAUGAAACGAAAAUGGACUUUUUGUGGCCUUUCACCUGUGAGUUUGGAAGUUUUGGGGAUUUCAUGUUUGUUUUUUCCUCGUUUCCUGGAGAGAACUGGGGGAUUUCCUGUGUGCCCAUCACAACGCUGUGACCGGGGCUGUGCUGGACCCCGAGGGGAUGUGGACAAGGUGGAAGAGCUUUGCCCCCAAUGGCCUUGCAGCCACUUCCAUCCAUCACACGAGGGCCGGGGUGCAGACAACUCAAGGCUCAGUCCUAGAAGGCGGGGACCAUAGGUGACUGAGAGCCGGGUGUGAUGGGGAAUAUCGUGACUCGGGCGGCCCAGCCUCCUUCCCUUCCAGCUCUGUCCCAGGAGCACCGACGGGGAAGCCAACGGCAGCGCUCUGUCCUCUGGACUCCCAGCCUACUCCUUGGUUGUGAUUCUUGGAAACCAUCAUGUGGCCAGUAAGAAAACAGACAGGACUGGAAGGAUCUCUGACCCAAGAGACUCCCCGCCCCCCCACCCGAGUAGUCUUGAGACAGACCAGAACACGAGUUAAAGCCGCUGAGGGUCUCAUCCCAGUUUGGAGGAGAGCAUCCCGUGCCAGGCCUGCACAGCCAAGAGGGGGCUGUGCGUGGACCCUGCUGUUGGCACGUCCUCCAGCCAGGCCCGGCCCAGACUCCCCUCCCUCUGGAGACGCAGCCUAACUUGGCCGGGACUCACUCCCUCACUCACACCCCCUGUCCUUGGGGCCAGCGGGUGGGCCUUCCACAGACCAGGCCUGAGCCGUGGCGGCCUGAGCCUUGGGGGCGGACACAAAGCAGCUGUUUUAAGGUUCACCUAAGACUUGGCUAGUGACUGUGUCUGUGGCCAAGAAGUUCUAGAACAUUCUACCUAUGUGUCCCUCCCAUGAGUUUUGUUUUUCGCUGUGGUUUCAGGAGUGCUAGAGCCACCACAAACAGCCAUGUUCCCCUCUGCUUCCCGAUACAUUCAGUCCACCCCCUUUGCUGUUUCAUGAAUGUGUUGCAGAGAGUGGGAGUGUGCUGAUAGUUGAUGGAACUUCCAUCAGGGAGCUCGGACCUCUCAGCCAGUAAAGAGACCCCAGAUUAGCCACAUGUGACAGUGACCUCCCAUCCACGUCUGCUAGCCUCAGCCAAGAGAUGGGACAAGCCCUGGGGAAAUGAGUGGUGGCCUCCCACUUAUCCCUCGGCUGCCCGGGGUCUGGGACCACCUGGAGAGGCACCACGCCAUGGUGCAGGCCGCUGUUCACAUGGAGAUGUGCCUGGGUCUUGUGGCCAGAGCUAGUUUUGUGGUCCAGCAACCAGCCAAAGCGGGUGUGGGGCACCGACCGGGAAGGGGGCGGGCCGUGCCCGAUGCGGGGCGACUGGCUCCCCGGGACAGCCUCCUUCUCCUCGGAGAUGACGGGCUUCAGUGGACAAUGUAAGCACUUAAUCAUUUCUCUUGUAGCCUUUCUUCGUGCCGUGGAUAAGUCAUCAUUUGUAUUUCUUGAAUGUUCUCUGUGACUAACAGUUACUGAGCUGGUUGUGUACAUGUGUAACUACUGUUUUAAACUUCAUCACAAUAAAAUGACUGACCAGUGACCAGCA